GAACCCGGAUGUGAUCAUCUUUGGCACAGCCUCAUCCAGCAGCUACUACCUCCUACUUUUCACUAUCUGUUCACCCGUUAAAAUAUCUACAAUGUCGAGCUCCUCAAAUCUCAUAGCCAUGAAAAAAGUCGUACAGCAGUUGCGAUUUGAGGCGAGCAUCCACAGAGUGAAGGUCUCCCAGGCAGCAGCCGACCUUCAGCAGUUUUGCAUUCAGAAUGCGCUGCAUGACCCUCUGCUCACAGGUGUGUCCUCAAGCACCAACCCCUUCAGGCCACAGAAGGUCUGCUCCUUCUUGUGAAAACACUGUACUCAUUUGGCCUUCGCUGUGAUGUUACAGGGAAUUGUUGACCUCAACACUGCUCCUCAUGCUAAGCUGUUUUACUGCCAUUGAAUCCUUUGAGUGUAGAGAACCACACCGUCAGGAAAAAAAAUGUCUAUUUUCAGCCCCAGUAGAAAGAAGACAUUUUUUUUAAAUUAACACAAUGUGAUUUUUUUCUUUUGAAAAUCGCUGUGCCUUUUCUAUUGUUCUACUUUAGUUGUCACUGUACCUUACUUUUUUGUAUUUAAUAAAUAAAAACAUUGUUUCCUACUACAAGGUCUGUAAUGCUGUUUCUAAUGUGCUGUAAGGUUACUUUUUUUAAUACCAAACUAUUCCAGAGCAGUGCAGCAGCCAAUAAUUAAAUAAUCCCUUGAAGCCGAA